CAUUCAAACCGGAACAGCAAAGCGGAAAAUAAUAGUUCUGUAUAUAUAUAUAUAUUUAACUCAGAAAAAGUGCAUAGAUUUGGGUUUAUAGUUAAGAAAAUAAAUUUCACGCCAAAUAUGUUUCGCACCGUUAUUCCAAUUGUUAUUUGGUUGCUUCUUUUGCAAUAUCAAUGCCACGCAGAACAAAAAACCACUACGGAUUGCUCAAAAUUACCUAAAUCCAUUGCACCUCAAAGUUGUUGCCGCUUUCCGGAACCAUUUCAAAAUCCAAUUUUGAGCGAAUGCUACACACUGUACAAUGACAUUGGACAGUGUUUUGUGGAAUGCCUGUUCAACCGUUCGGGCAUUUGUCAUCAAGGAAAGUGCAGUUAUCAGCGCGCCAUUGAUUAUCUCGAUAGCGAAUUCGCCUUGCAGCAAUCGGCUUUCAAAGAUAUUUAUAAACGCGCAUUCAAAAAGUGCAUAGCCAAAGCCAAUGAUGUGCUUGGGAAUAUGGUUAAACGCUUUAGCCGCCAUGGAUGUCAUCCUUUACCGGAAAUCAUUCGUUUUUGCAUUCGAAAUGAAAUGUUUACUUCUUGUCCAAAUGGCUAUUGGAAUGAAAGAGUACCGGGUUGUAGCAAAAAGCGUGAUUUUAUUAGAAACUGCAUAAAGGAUAAUUAAAGACGCGGCGAAGAAACGAUGAAAAGUUUUUAUAAAAGCUAAAAGUUGAAAUAGUAUUUAUACUUAAUAUUUACUCACAUAAUA